CACGUCAGCCUCAGAGCAAUUUAGUCUCUUUAUAGAAGCUGAAGUCAUCUUUUUUUCCCUUGAAUGUUUUCAGUUAUAAGGAAUUUUUCCUCAAGAGAAAAUAUUUAACGGAAGAUGGAUAAAAUCACGAAGGAUUCAGAACAUCAAACAGACAUUAAUAAAAUAAUGAGUAAAGUUUUAAAAGGGUCGCAGUUUUUUCUGGAAGUAAUUGGAGAGGUAGUCCCUAUUUGCUCAGCAGCAGCAGAAGUAAUAAAGUCAUUUCAAGAUAAUUCUGAAAGCCCACAAAUAGGAAACCUAAAAAUUCAGAUUCAACAAAUUGAUGAAAAGCUCAAUGAUAUUACAGAGAAUUAUAAACAGGUCAACAAGGAGAUUCAAAAACUUCCCAUGGAUGUGAAGUUUUCUAAAAUUGAGGAAAAUAUUAAAGGACAAUAUAUGUAUUAUACAAAAAUUGUAGAUGAAGAGCCAAAGUACAGAGAUAAAAGAAUUGAAGAUUUUUGUGACCUCUUCCCCAAACUGAAAGGAGAAAGCAAUCUCAAUGAGCUCUAUGAUGGUGUGAUGGGAAAUGGAGAAAUAGACAUCCUGGAAACAGUAAAAAAUUACUGGAACAGAGAUCGUCGUGUCAUGGAAGAGUUCUGUGCUCAUUUAGGCUACCUGUUCCUCACUGGGAUAAGUGCAUCGAUGGUGUAUGCUUCACUGAAGGGUUUAGAUGUAUCAAAAAGAGAGAAGGAGUGGUCGGAGAAGAUGACAGCUGUACAAAGUCAAAUGGUAUCCGCCAUAGAAUAUUGCAAAAACAACUUUGAAGACCAGGCUAAAACUGACUUGGAGACAUUUAUUAAGAAGAGCCACCAUCAAUUAUUGGUGGAGAAUCUUUGUAGUUUCUUAGAGAAAAAAUACGAUUGGGUGAAAUGGUCUGUGAAAGUGUACAGUCAUCCUAAAGACAAGAAAAAAGGUACAAAUGAUUGUAUCAUCGGAAACAGGCAUUUUACAUUCUCUGAUGCAGAUGAUCUCCAGGUGGUUGUGUCGUAUUGUACGGUACCAUGUAAAAUUGAUAUGGAACAAAUUCAGCAAACAUUUACAGAGAAAACGGCGAAUGGUAAUAUGAAAGAGCUGGCAGAAGCAAUUAAUGAGAAAAUGCCAAACAGUUUGGUUCAUGUCAUUAAAUCAAGCAAAAAAAUUACAGAAAAGAACAACUUCUCAAAGCAUUGCUAUUAUUAUAAGCAAAACAAAAACUGUCAUCUAUUUGUGCAUUGUUGAUGUGAUACUUUUUGGCCAAUGUGAAGAUCUGUAUAUUUAAGAAAAAAGUAAUAUUUCUGCAUUUUUUAAUAUUGUAAAAUGUAUGCCAGUUGAAGAAUCAAGCCAAAACAGAGCUUUAAGAUGCUUAUCACUAAAUUAUUUAAAUUUUCUAAUACUGAUCAUACCUGUAAUACUGUAGUCAGACAUUUCAACUGAAAAUAGAUGCACAAAAUAAUACUUCAGACAUUGUUGUUGAUCUUUUGGAAAGAAAAUGCACUCUCAUUGUGUGUGCAACUCGUGUGAGGUGCUACAUACAGUAACUCUAGCAGAGUGAGCAAACUAUAUGAAAGAGCUUUAAACACGUUUAAAUUGUGUUUUUUGAAAAUGUUAUUUUACAUUUAUAAAUCAUAAUUGUGGUGAUUGUUGUGGUGGAUGUAAAGUUAUUCAUAUUUUUCUUUAUUGUUUAGUAAUAUUAGGAUUUGCAUUGCUUGUAGAAAAUAUAGCAUGACAUAGCAAAAUAGUCAAGCACCAAAAUAUUGCAAAUAGAUGCUAGCUGUGCAAAAAUAUAGAAGAAGGGCUUACUUUUCAGAAACAACAAAAUUAUUAAAUUUUAGUUACUGAUAAUCACAUCCUGAUUGCUAUUACCACUUUUGUUUUUCUUUAUACAAUUUCCUUUCACAAAUCAAUUUACUUUUGAUUAAAUUUUCUGAUGAGGGAAAAAUAUUGAGCUGGUCACCCCAUUUUAAGAAACAGUCUCCAUUUUCUCCUGUGGAAUUCCCAGGCAUAAAAGCCAAAAGAUAGAACCCCUCCAGUGUGUCCUCAGUCUGUCGCAGGUGUUCUCUUAGGGAGCAUUUUGACUACAUGUACAAAGCACCUGAACAAUGCUCCAUAUUAACAGAUUUGGCUGACAAUUGUUUAAUCAGUACAAAAGAAAUAUUUUGUAAAGCCUUUAUAUGUAAUUUACUUGAAUAACCAUUUCAGAAUAAAUGUCUACUGUACAAUAGAAGGCACUAUUAAACUCUGCAGCCAGUCUGUCAAUCUUCUCAUAAUUAAACAAGAAAAAACAUUUAUUUUCAGGAAGUGAAAUUUAAUUCAAUGAAAUUCUGUGCAAUUCUUAGUUUUUUUUUUGUUUUUUCUCACCACAUAUGUGGUAAUAUACACCAAUCAGCCGCAACAUUUAAACUACUGACAGGAAAAGUGAAUAACAUUAUUUAUCCUGUUACAAUGGCACCUGUCAAGAGGUGGGAUAUAUUAAGCAGCAAGUGAACAGUCAGUUCAUGAAGGUGAUGUCUUGGAAGCAAAACAAAAUGGGCAAGUGUAAGGAUAUGAGCAACUUUGAUGAGAGUCAAAUUGUGACUAGGUCAGAACAUCUCCAAUAUGACAGAUCUUGUGGACUUUUCCCAGUAUACAGUGAUUAGUACCUACCAAAUGCGGUCUAAAGAAAGACAACUGGUAAACUAACAAAGCCAAAGGAUCAUUGAUGGAAAAGGGAGAAAAGGCUAGCUCAUCUGGUCUGAUCCCACAGAAGAAAAGAGUUUCAACACACGCCAACAUGUAAUUUCUGAGGCCAGAGAGAAAAGAUCAUUUUUAUGGGGAUUAUGUGGGUUAAGACUUAUUUUAGUUUAUCUAUUUCAUGAAAAGCUCACAUGUUACGUUGAUGGGGUAAAUUAUUGAGAUUUUAUUAAUACAAGUAAUAAAAGGUAAAGUGUAAAGCUAUUGACAUGAUUUAUGAAGUAGUUUGCUAUGUUUCAACUUAAAUGUAUUACAAUACGCAACUGUGCUUUGAAAUUUUUUAUUUCUU